GGGGAGGGGGAGGGGAGGGGGCGUCCUCCGCAGUUCGCUCCUCGCCUGGGCUCAGACACAUAGCCAGCCCGGAGCCGCCGCGCGGGCCGGGCCGCCGCCGCCUCUGCCUCUGCCGCCCCCAGAGCCGCUCGAGCCGCUGGAAGCGCCGCCGCCACAGCCGCGGGCCGCCCCCGCCGCGCCGGCCUGGGCUCGGGCUGCGAGCGCCGCCGCAACCGCAACCAGAGCCGGCGCGGGAGCCCGAGAGCGCUGGGCUGGGCUGGGCUGGGUUGGGGCGGGCGCAGGGCGCAGGGGCGGGAGCGCGGGGGAAGACGCACGGGCGGGCUCGGCUCUCCCGGGGAGCGGCCCGGGACUGCACCGGGACCGGCGCCUCCCCGCUCCGCGCUGCCCUCGGCCUCGCCCCGGGCCCGGGCGGAUGAGCCGCGCGCCGGGGGGACAUGGAAGCGUUGACGCUGUGGCUUCUUCCCUGGAUAUGCCAGUGCGUUACGGUGCGGGCCGACUCCAUCAUCCACAUCGGUGCCAUCUUCGAGGAGAACGCAGCCAAGGACGACAGGGUGUUCCAGUUGGCUGUAUCAGACCUGAGCCUCAAUGAUGACAUCCUGCAGAGUGAGAAGAUCACCUACUCCAUCAAGGUCAUCGAGGCCAAUAAUCCGUUCCAGGCGGUGCAAGAAGCCUGUGACCUCAUGACCCAGGGAAUUUUGGCCUUGGUCACAUCCACGGGCUGUGCAUCCGCCAAUGCCCUGCAGUCCCUCACAGACGCCAUGCACAUCCCACACCUCUUUGUCCAGCGCAACCCCGGGGGUUCACCACGUACUGCCUGCCACCUGAACCCUAGCCCUGACGGCGAGGCCUACACACUGGCUUCGAGACCACCUGUCCGUCUCAAUGAUGUCAUGCUCAGGCUGGUGACAGAACUGCGCUGGCAGAAGUUCGUCAUGUUCUAUGACAGCGAGUAUGAUAUCCGUGGGCUCCAAAGCUUCCUGGAUCAGGCCUCAAGGCUGGGUCUGGAUGUCUCUUUACAAAAGGUGGACAAGAACAUCAGUCACGUGUUCACUAGCCUUUUCACCACCAUGAAGACCGAGGAGCUGAAUCGCUACCGGGACACACUGCGCCGUGCCAUUCUACUGCUCAGCCCACAGGGGGCGCACUCCUUCAUCAAUGAGGCUGUGGAGACCAACUUGGCUUCCAAGGACAGCCACUGGGUCUUUGUGAAUGAGGAAAUCAGUGACCCCGAGAUCCUGGAUCUGGUCCACAGUGCCCUUGGCAGGAUGACCGUGGUCCGGCAAAUCUUCCCAUCUGCAAAGGACAACCAGAAAUGUAUGAGGAAUAACCACCGCAUCUCCUCCCUGCUCUGUGAUCCACAGGAAGGCUACCUCCAAAUGCUGCAGAUCUCCAAUCUCUACCUGUAUGACAGUGUUCUGAUGCUGGCCAACGCCUUCCACAGGAAGCUGGAAGACCGGAAGUGGCAUAGUAUGGCAAGCCUUAACUGCAUCCGGAAGUCUACCAAGCCAUGGAAUGGAGGGAGAUCCAUGCUAGACACGAUUAAAAAGGGACAUAUCACUGGCCUCACAGGGGUUAUGGAGUUUCGGGAAGAUAGCUCAAAUCCUUAUGUCCAGUUUGAAAUCCUUGGCACAACCUAUAGUGAGACUUUUGGCAAAGACAUGCGCAAGCUGGCCACCUGGGACUCGGAGAAGGGCUUGAAUGGCAGUCUACAGGAGAGGCCCAUGGGCAGCCGCCUCCAAGGACUGACUCUCAAAGUGGUGACUGUCUUGGAAGAGCCUUUUGUGAUGGUAGCUGAGAAUAUCCUUGGACAACCCAAGCGUUACAAAGGGUUCUCCAUAGAUGUGCUGGAUGCACUGGCUAAGGCUCUAGGAUUCAAAUAUGAGAUAUACCAGGCCCCUGAUGGCAGGUAUGGUCACCAGCUCCAUAACACCUCCUGGAAUGGGAUGAUCGGGGAGCUCAUUAGCAAGAGAGCAGACUUGGCCAUCUCUGCUAUUACCAUCACCCCAGAGAGAGAGAGCGUUGUGGACUUCAGCAAGCGCUACAUGGACUACUCAGUGGGGAUCCUCAUCAAGAAGCCUGAGGAGAAGAUCAGCAUCUUUUCCCUUUUCGCCCCCUUUGACUUUGCGGUGUGGGCCUGCAUUGCCGCAGCCAUUCCUGUGGUGGGCGUGCUCAUAUUCGUGUUGAAUCGGAUACAGGCUGUAAGAUCUCAGAGUGCCACCCAGCCACGACCCUCGGCUUCUGCCACCCUGCACAGUGCCAUUUGGAUUGUCUAUGGAGCCUUUGUCCAGCAAGGUGGUGAGUCUUCGGUGAACUCUGUGGCCAUGCGCAUCGUGAUGGGCAGCUGGUGGCUCUUCACCCUCAUUGUGUGUUCCUCCUACACAGCCAACCUGGCCGCUUUCCUCACAGUGUCUAGGAUGGACAACCCCAUAAGGACAUUUCAGGACCUGUCCAAGCAACUGGAGAUGUCUUAUGGCACUGUCCGGGACUCUGCUGUCUAUGAGUACUUCAGAGCCAAGGGGACCAAUCCCCUGGAGCAGGAUAGCACUUUUGCUGAGCUCUGGCGGACCAUAAGCAAGAAUGGAGGGGCUGACAACUGUGUGUCCAAUCCUUCAGAAGGUAUCAGGAAGGCAAAGAAGGGGAACUACGCCUUUCUAUGGGAUGUGGCCGUGGUGGAGUAUGCAGCCCUGACAGAUGACGACUGCUCAGUGACUGUCAUCGGCAACAGCAUCAGCAGCAAGGGCUACGGGAUUGCCCUGCAACAUGGCAGCCCCUACAGGGACCUUUUCUCCCAGAGGAUCCUGGAGCUGCAAGACACAGGGGACCUGGAUGUGCUCAAGCAGAAGUGGUGGCCACACACAGGUCGAUGUGACCUCACCAGCCAUUCCAGUACCCAGACUGAAGGCAAAUCCCUUAAGCUGCACAGCUUCGCUGGGGUCUUCUGCAUUUUGGCCAUUGGCCUCCUUCUUGCCUGCCUCGUGGCUGCUCUAGAGUUAUGGUGGAACAGCAACCGGUGCCACCAGGAGACCCCCAAAGAGAGCAGGUACGGCGUGGGCAGCGCCAGAGAGCCCUUCCCCACCCUGCCCCGCUCAUGUGCUUCCACCCUGACCUGGAGAGACCACCUGUAGGGACAAAGAAGUGAAUCUGGAGCAGGUACACCGGCGCAUCAACAGCCUCAUGGAUGAAGACAUUGCUCACAAGCAAAUUUCCCCAGCGUCCAUUGAGCUUUCUGCCCUAGAGAUGGGGGGCCUGGCUCCAAGCCAAGCUUUGGAGCCCACGAGGGAGUACCAGAACACCCAGCUCUCAGUCAGCACCUUUCUGCCGGAGCAGAGCAGCCAUGGCACCAGCCGGACACUGUCGUCAGGGCCCAGCAGCAACCUGCCACUGCCACUGAGCAGCUCAGCCACUAUGCCCUCAAUUCAGUGCAAACACAGGUCGCCCAAUGGGGGACUGUUUCGACAGAGCCCGGUGAAGACCCCCAUCCCUAUGUCCUUCCAGCCCGUGCCUGGAGGCGUCCUUCCAGAGGCUCUGGACACCUCUCAUGGCACCUCCAUCUGACCGUGUCGCCUGCCCUCCUGCCCGCCCACCCACCCACCCGACCAGCAGAGCUUUUUAAUACAAGAAAAUGACAACACAGUCACCACACACACACACACACACACACACACACACACACACACACACAGACUCUUUCAUUUUUCUUGUACAUACGUGUAAAUAAUGACAGAAUGGAGUGGGGUAAAAGUGUAUUUUGAAUAUUCCCAAUUUUCGAAGUCAGUAAAAAAACAAAACAAAACAACAAAAACUGUAUGAAUGACUUUGUAAAUUUUGUUCUAUAUGAAUAAAAAGGCAAAUUACUUGUGAUCAUUCUGAAGUGCCAAAGGAGCCCCCUGUUCCUGGGCCUUUCUGAGGGCAGGAAGAACCAUCGGAGAAGAAGCUCCUGGCUGCUGGGGAGAAGGAAGACAUGGAAGAGCCCCCGAAUGCUGCUUGCUGCUGUACCCACAGCUUUCCUUGUGUCCUUGUCUUACAAGCCCCUCAUUCCUCCUUCAGUGUCCUUGGGUAGGUUCAGAAUGUGUCUGAGUCUGGAGCCCAUGUUGGGUGGGCCCAUCUGUUCCCUGAGCUGUAGGGCAACCUGCCCUAGACAUGGCCCUAGACAAUCAGGCUCAAGAUGGUAAGGUCACUGUGUGUCACAGUGUGUAGCAUGCAAUUGUCCCCAGGGCCUCAGAAAAGAUGCCCAUAUUGAGGUCACAAUCUCUGAGGCUUUGAUACCAAUGUGUUUGAACAGCAUAUUGUUGGUCUUUUAAAAAAAACAAAAACAAAAACAAAAACAAAAAAACCCUCUUUUUCUACUCAGAAGAAUCAAUUAGAAGAGACUAUAUAAAAGAAGGGCAGACCCCAUCUAGUUAGAGGUCUGACUGGCCUGGGUGGGACAUCUUUGGGGAGAGGUUUGAGGGAUGGAGGGGUGUGAAACCAGGUAAAGAUUAUUUGCUUGAAUUGGCAUCCACAGCUCUGAGUGAGAGAAAGUGUGGUUACAGACACAGAGAGUAGAAGCAUCAGAGUCACAGGUAAAGGUUUCUAUAUAAAAGUGUUGAUAGAAGUGUCUCCACAUGAUGGGCAGACUGAGGAUAAACAAGAGGGACUACAUAGAGAAGAAGCUUGACAGUUUUGAGAAACAUAGCUGUGUAAUGUUUGAAGCAAAAGACUCGUCUGCCCUAAUGAAGCUAUCCAGAAUCCUUAAAGACAUGGCUUUAGCUCUUUAUGAUGUCAGCUAAACAGGACCAGGUUUCGGCACAAGCCCCUUCUUCAGACUUUACUGCCCUUUUUUCCACUAGUAGAUUAAAUGAACCAGACCACAGCAGGAAUCCUUCAAGCUAAAGGCAUCUGACAUCCUCUGAGAUGGUAAAUUUGCCCGGAAGUCCUGUUUCAUAAAACAAGGCUAACCUAAGGAUCCAUAUAUUGCCCUUUGUGGGGUAACUAAACUGUAGAACUGGAAAUGAUCCAUCAAAAGUAGCCUGAGCUGUGCCACUAAAAGUCCCUCCCUCCACUUUUGAAAAUCCAAAGUGUCUCUAGAUGCCUACAUUGUUAGGAUGUAGAAUAUGACCCCAUCCAGCUUCAAGGGUAUGGGACUCAACCCCAAUCACAAAUCAAGGUGUAGAGAUAUUGGAGAAAUAUGAAGUCCUAUCAGUUGCUGCUUCUAUCUGUAUUCAUAUAGAGUUAGUUGAGAGAUAUAUUACCAUGAGGGUGAAAACUGGCCCAAGAUGAAUUUACCUCCCCAAAUCCAUAAUGAUGUUAGUGAGGAUGAAAGAGUGGCUAUAUCACACAAUCAGCUAAAAGCACCAGAUGAAGAGGGUGUUUGUAGGUAUGUUACCUUUGGCUACUGGGAUGCCAUGCUGCUAGUAUUACUAAAGAGACCUGUUCACAUUUCUCCAGUUAGUGUGUAGAGCUUGGAGACAGGUGUACAUGGCAAAGCCUGGGUGGGCUCCCAUCACCCUAACAAUGUACAGGCUUUGCUUUCAUUUCAUCAACAUGUUGGGCAACUUGCACUGGAGGAUUAAUUUUCAUAUAUAUAAUCUCUCUAUUUUAAAAAAUCAAACUCUGGUCUCACUGCCUUAUCUUACACCUGUCUAUAUCCCAAAGAUGACUUAGUUUCUUUGGUAUAUCAUGGAUAUGGAUGUCUUUGGUUCAGAGUAAGAGACUGUGUGUGUGUGUGUGUGUGUGUGUAUGUGUGUGUGUGUGUGUGUGUGUGUGUGUGUGUGAGAGAGAGAGAGAGAGAGAGAGAGAGAGAGAGAAUCUUUAUAGGAACAUUGUAAUGCCUCGGGACAUUAGUAACCCCUCACAGUAUUUAGUCACCGUAUUUAUGUCUUUUUUUUUCCCUACCCUUGGUAUGAGGGGAAAUGAUUGAUAUUCAAGCAAGUUCUCUAGGGGGAGACAACAACCAUAGCCAGAUUCUUUCCAGCUCAGAUAUCUGUGUCAGCUCAGAAUGUAUCUUUUUCAUGCUUUGCUCUGUGGAUUUAUAACUGUUUAGACUCUUCCAUACAUUUUAGGUAUAUUUUGUGCCUUCAGACACUGCAAAUAAUAAUCAGCAUUUGGAUUAAAGUUGUUUAAUAAUAAAACAUGUCUACUCCUAAUGCUCUUA